AUUUAAACAGAUAUUCUACGCCUACUGUAUUAUAACAAUAACCACGACAACAGAGGAAAGAAAGCUUUGAUCACAAAACUAUCCAGAUCUGGAAAAACCCUGAGCAGGUUACAUAUUUGGUCUGCAAACAACGGGAUAGCUGGCGGUGAUAUGAACUCCAGAUGCGCCAGCUAUAUAUAGUUGGUCCAUUGGAUGGUAGAAUCAUAGGCCAAUGCCAAGCCCCAAGAGAAGUCGACAUGCGUCCUGUUCUUGCGCUAUCCCUGGUCGUCCUGGCCACUCUGGUUGUCCUGUCAUCGCAGGCAGACCCCAGCUCCAGCAGCCCCUCUAGCAGCGACCCCAGCUCCAGCAGCCCCUCCAGCAGCGACCCCAGCUCCAGCAGCCCCUCCAGCAGCGACCCCUCCUCCAGCAGCCCCUCCUCCAGCUCCACCACGACCACCACAACCACCACCACUGCGGCCUCCACCACCACGACCACCACCGAGGCGACCAAGAAGCAUCGGCGCAGGCACCGCAGGAGGAGGAUCAUCAUCAUCCGACGAGGUGGAGCAGGGAGGCGCCGCAGGGAACGCGGUGGCGAUGAUGAUGGCGGCCGUGUCGUGAGGCGCAUCCGCGUACGUGAGCGCCGAGUUGGUCGCCGCUUCGCCCGCUACUAAAGAUCCUGA